AUGGCCUCCCAUUCUUUGGAUAUAUAUGUAAAGGGAACAAAAGUUUGGUUUCCUGACGAUAAAGAGGGAUGGAUAAGUGGAGAGCUCAUAACCAAGGACUUGACGGAUGAUCAAGUAAAACUCUCUUUUAAGACAGAGCAUAACAAGGAAGUUGUGGUCGCCAGUACCUUAACAAAAUUAAAAGCCUCAAAUAAUGCUGACUUACCACCUCUCCGUAAUCCUCCGAUGCUGGAGGCUGUAGAUGACUUGACCAGUCUUAGUUAUUUAAAUGAGCCAGCAGUGCUUCAUACGAUCAAAACGCGUUAUCUACAGCGUAACAUUUAUACUUACUCCGGAAUUGUCUUAAUUGCAACAAAUCCUUUCCAAGCUGUAACACUAUACUCGCAAGAUGUCGUUCAGGCAUAUUCCGGAAAACGACCUGGUGAAUUGGAACCACACUUAUUCGCUAUUGCUGAAAAUGCUUACCGUCGCAUGCUCAGCGAUGAUAAAAAUCAAACAAUUGUUGUAUCAGGCGAAAGUGCGAAAUAUAUUAUGCGGUAUUUUGCUUCUGUUGAUGAUAAGGAUAGACCAAAUCGUAAAAAAGUCACCAAUGCAUCUGGCAUGAGUGAAGUGGAGGAACAAAUUUUGGCGACAAAUCCUAUUAUGGAGUCUUUUGGUAAUGCUAAAACCACACGAAAUGACAAUAGUUCUCGUUUCGGAAAAUAUCUUGAGAUCCAAUUUGACAAAGACACAAAUAUUAUUGGUGCAAAAAUUCGAACUUAUUUAUUGGAGCGGUCAAGAUUAAUAUAUCAACCAGAAUCGGAGAGAAACUAUCACAUAUUUUAUCAGCUUUGUGCGGGCGCACCACAUUCAGAGAAAAAGAAUCUCGAACUUGGAGAUUAUAAACAAUUUCAUUACUUAAAACAAGGAGGAUUUGGAACGAUCCCCGGAGUCGAUGAUGCUCAAGAAUUUGAAAUGACGCAAAAGGCAUUAUCUGUAAUUGGAAUUACCAUUGAAAUGCAAUGGCAAAUCUUCAAAUUAUUAGCUGCUCUUUUACAUCUGGGAAAUAUUCAAAUUAAUGCACAACGUGAGAAAGCCGUUCUCCCGGAUAAUGAUCCAGCACUUAUAACAGCUACAAAAUUAUUGGGCAUUAAGAAAACAGAAUUUAGUAAAUGGAUUGUCAAGAAACAGAUUGUUACUCGAACUGAAAAAAUUCCCACGGACCUAAGUGCGCAACAAGCAACCGUCGUUAGAGAUUCUGUCGCUAAAUAUAUUUAUGCUAACCUUUUUGAUUGGUUGGUUAAUAUGACUAACGAGUGUUUGUCUGGUGAAGAAGUCGCCAAAAAUGUCACAACUUUUAUCGGUGUUCUUGAUAUUUACGGUUUCGAACAUUUUAAGAAAAAUUCAUUUGAACAAUUUUGCAUUAAUUAUGCAAAUGAAAAAUUACAACAACAAUUCAAUCAACAUGUAUUUAAAUUGGAACAAGAGGAAUAUGUUCGCGAGAAAAUUAAUUGGACAUUUAUUGAAUUUAGUGAUAAUCAACCAUGUAUUGACAUGAUUGAAGGGAAAUUGGGUAUUCUUUCAUUAUUGGAUGAGGAAAGUCGAUUACCAGCCGGAACUGAUACUACUUGGGGAAACAAACUAUAUCAAACUUUUCAAACACCUACAUAUAAAAAUUAUUUCCAAAAACCACGGUUUUCCAAUACCUCAUUUACAGUUAGUCAUUAUGCGCAUGCUGUGACAUAUGAAGUUGAAGGAUUUUUAGAAAAGAAUCGAGAUACUGUGCCUGAUGAGCACUUGACUCUUUUAAAAAGCACUGAAUUCGAAUUUCUUGAGGAUGUCCUUACAAAAGGAGCAAUUCCUGCUUCACCGACAAAGACUGAAGGGAAAAGAAUAUCUGGUAUCGCAAAGAAACCAACACUUGGAUCCAUUUUCAAGGGAUCUUUAAUUAACCUUAUGGAAACUAUUAAUUCUACUAAUGUUCACUAUAUCCGAUGUAUUAAACCAAAUGAAGCCAAAGUUGCAUGGAAAUUUGAACCUCCGAUGGUUCUUUCACAAUUACGUGCUUGUGGUGUAUUGGAGACUAUUCGUAUCAGUUGUGCUGGUUAUCCAACCAGAUGGACAUUUGACGAAUUUGUUAAAAGAUUCUAUAUGUUGGUUCGAUCUCAAUAUUGGUGUCCAGAACCACGAAAGUUAUGUUCUAUUAUUCUUGAUGCCUCAAUUAAAGAUCAAGAUAAAUAUCAAGUUGGCGAGACGAAAAUUUUUUUCCGUGCUGGAAUGCUUGCAUUUCUGGAAAAACUUCGUUCUGAUAGACUGAAUGAAUGUGUCACUUUAAUGCAAAAGAACAUGUUAAGACACAUGCAUCAAAAGAGAUAUCAGGCCAUGAAAGCAUCUGCCAUCAAAAUACAAUCAUUAUAUCGUAGACGAUUGGCCAUGAAAAAACUCAAAAAACUACGAGAAGAAAAAGCUGCUAUCACUAUUCAAAAAUAUUGGCGAGGAUACGUUCAACGUAGACGAUACUUACGAUCUAAACGCGCAAUAUAUAGACUACAAAUUGCUAUUCGGAGUAUUUUGGCUCGUAUCAAGUAUGAGAAGCUUCGACGUAAUGCUGCUGCGAUUAAAAUUCAAAAAGUUUAUCGCGGAAGCACUGUCCGACGUGAAUAUAAGAAGACACUUAAGAAUAUUAUCUUUGUUCAAUCUUGUUUACGUCGACGCUUAGCACGAAAAGAACUCAAGAAGUUGAAGAUAGAACAGAGUUCUGCUGCUCACUACAAAGAAGUUUCAUAUAAUCUUGAAAAUAAAGUUAUUAAACUUCAACAAAACUUGGAUCAGAAAUCUCAAGAAUAUAAAGCGCUUGAAGUAAAACAUGCAAAUCUCGAAAAUCAAGUUCGUAUUUGGACAGAAAAAUAUGAGAGACUUGAAGCAGAUGCAAAUUCCCAUAAACAAACAAGAGAGACAACUGUUUCACUUAAUGAAUUUAAAUCACUUCAAACAGAAAAAGAAACUCUUGAAACUCGAUAUAGAAAUUCUUUAGAUAAAAUUAAGAAUCAAGAUACUGAAAUAAAUCGCCUAUCAGCUGAACUCAGUAAGAAGGACGAUGAAGUCACGAAACUUCGAGCGGCUACAGCCAAGUAUAAAGGAACAGAAGACCCAGCUACUGUUCUUGCAUUAAAGGUUGAAAUAGCCAGCCUUAAAGAACAAUUAACAAAGGUUAAAAAUGUUCGAGGAACAUCUCCUCCACCACCAAAUCAACGUCAAGAACGGCAAGAACGGCAAGAAAAUGGCUUUUUGACUGCUGCAAAUUCCGCCAACACUCUUAAACCACCAGCGCAAAAACGAAAGGCCCGUAGACACAGUUCUGCUGAAUCUUGGGGUCCACAAGAACUUGCCAAACGUAAACCUAAAACUUCUAUGGAUCUAAUGAUGGCCGAAGCUAAGAACAAGCCAGGAUUCCGACCUGUUUCUAUAUCAUAUGCCUCCCAUGUGCCAAAAAUAAUACGCCCAGCAGGAGGACGCAUAUUGCCUGACGUUGAAGAUGAUCCAGAGUACGAGAUCAUGAAAAUCUUGGAAGAUGAAGAAACUCUUACUGAAGAAGUAAUUAAUGGAUUGAUAAAGACUUUGAAAGUUCCUCUUCCAAGUUUGCAAAACCCUCCGUCACAAAAAGAAAUACUUUUCCCCGCUCGUCUUAUUAGUCUUUUAGCCCAACAAAUGUGGAAAUAUGGAUUUAUAAAAGAUUCCGAAAAAUUAUUUGCCAAUGUGAUGAAAACAAUUCAAAAUCAUGUGAUGGAUUUUCAAGGAGAAGAUGCAAUAUUACCUGGUGCUUAUUGGCUAUCUAAUGUACAUGAACUAUUGUCAUUUGCAACUACCGCCGAGAAAGAUAUGUUGCGAGGAGUUAAUCCAGCAACUGAAUCAUCUGGGCGAAUCUUUGAAUGGCAUGACUACGAAAGACUUGUUUCAAUAGUUAAACAUGAUUUAGAAAGUUUAGAAUAUAAUAUCUAUCAUACAUGGAUGAAAGAACUCAAAAAACGUCUAUUUAAAAUGGUUAUUCCUGCUGUUGUUGAAAGUCAAUCAUUGCCUGGAUUUAUCACAAGUGAAAAUCGAUUUAUCACCAAAUUUAUAACAGGACAAAGUUCUCCAGCAUUCAGCAUGGAUGAUUUACUUAAUUUCUUGAACAAAGUAUGGAAGGCUAUGAAGUCAUAUUAUGUAGAGAUGUCGGUGAUUCAACAAGUUGUCAAAGAAUUAUUAAAACUUGUUGGAGUUACAUCUUUCAAUGACUUAUUAAUGAGACGUAAUUUCUGUUCAUGGAAAAGGGCUAUGCAAAUUCAAUAUAAUAUUACUCGGAUUGAAGAAUGGUGUAAGAGUCAUGAUAUGCCGGAAGGAACUCUUCAACUUGAGCAUCUAAUGCAAGCCACCAAACUUUUACAACUUAAAAAGGCCACAUUAAGUGAUAUAGAAAUUAUUUAUGACGUCUGUUGGGUGCUGACGCCAACACAAGUUCAAAAGCUUAUUAGUCAUUACUUUGUUGCCGAUUACGAGAAUCCAAUCAGCCCCGAAAUUCUCAAAGCUGUUGCCAGUCGUGUAGUGGCAAAUGAUAAGAGCGAUAUUUUAUUGUUGGAUACAACUCCUUUAGAAGAUUCUGGGCCAUUUGAAGUUCCAGACCCUCGAGAGGUCCAACCUGCUGAAAAUUAUUUACCUGCAUGGUUGAAUUUGCCUCAUGUUAAGCGUCUUGGAAGUUUGUCUGUUUAA